AGUUACAAAUUAUAUAUAUUCAAUUAUGGAUAAAAAUAUAAACCAAGAGAAAAAUUGUGAUGGAUCUAAUGAAGAAAAUUUUAAAGAUGAAGAAUACAAUACAAGUAAACAAAUUAAAAAAAUAAUAGAGUCUAAAUCAAAUUCUAAACUGAAAUCAAAUAGUUUGAACCAAAGGGUCCAUUCUCGUUCUCGUUCACCAUAUAAAAGUUCUAGACAUUGGAGUUCCAAUGCUUUUAUAAAUUUUGUUCAGGAUUUCAGACAAAAUUAUGAUGGUGUAAAAAGUAGUAGAAUAUUUCAAAUGGCUGGUGAAAGAUGGAAGAAAAUGACUUCUGAUGAAAAACAGCCAUAUUUAAAGGCAGCUAUGGACAUUAGAAAUAAGAAACAAAAUCAACAGAAAACUGAAAAUACAUAUAAAAUUGAAAAUAUAAAUAUAGAACAACCAAAGACUGAUGACUCUCAAAAACAAGAAAAACCUGGCAAGAAAGAAAAAAAAAAGAAGGAACCAAAAAGACCUAACAAGAAUAAAAAUUAUACUGAAUCUGAUACUGAUUCAAUUACUUCAGGUUGUUCAACAGAUACAAAUACAAGUGACAUGUCAGAAAUGAGUUCAUAAGCACAUGAUAAUUGGUUAUAUAAAUGUGAUUGUGUUUAUAAUUAAUUGAUGUUUGAAUAACUUUUCCUUGUGUAGUUUGUUAUUUAAAAAUCAUGAAUAUAUUAUGUUAUUAUGUAUAUUUAUGACUCAUAUAAAAUUAAAAAAAGAAUUCUAUACUUUAUAAAUAAGCCAUAUAAUAUUAAAUAUAUUUUAUAACAAUAUUACCAUCUGAAGUUCGACUGAAAGGCAUGCCACAAUUCUCCAAUUCAAUGACUGCCUUUGGGGCUUCACGUGUCAUAUAAUGAAUAGCAUCCUGAUCACCUAACCAGUCAGAUCCCUUCACAGU